GUACAUAUACCAAUAUAAUCGACUUACCUAUAACACAGUUUAUCAAUGUCACUUGACACCUCUAUGUUACUACAUAUACCCGUCGGAAACGAGGAUUUAUGAUUAACUAAUCCGGCGAUGAAAGACCUGAUGAAGUAUGUAAUGAUAUCCACUGUGAUAUCAUGCAUGAUGAUGAAUACUGUUGCCAUGACAACAAACAACCGUGUCCUUCUUGGUGGUGUGUUGGUGGCUUCGGCUCUUGCUGCGUCUAAUUAUGGGGACUACAUCUUUAGUCCACUAGAGUUGGCAACAUUGACGACUGUUGUUCUUGUAUUGAACUUCCCCAGAAAAGAAUCCUCAGAAUCCUGCACGGCACCGGGGUAUACGGCUGACACCGUGUUGGGAUGCUAUCGUCUGUAUAUUAAUGAACCUAAGAGCAAUACUGACGCCAGACAACAGUGUGCUAAUGAUGGAGGACGGCUCCUGUUACUGAACUCCGAAGCCGAGUAUGACAGAGUGAAAUCCUUAAUUGAUGAAAAUUCGCUCUCCGGCGUUUGGCUUCAGGGAUUGAAAAGUUCCACUUCCUCGCCAUGGUUAGCUGACAAUGGCGACCCUCUUCCUUACCUAGGCCCAAAUUAUAUAGAUUAUCCUCCACCUCCGACAUUAGGAUUCUUCCAGAAUUCGCGAGGAGAGACUGGUGGAGAAGAAAUAACAUCUCCGGCUCCUUUUUUUUGUGAAAUUUGAUAUUCUAAACAAUUUUGAGAAAUUAAAUGAAUUGUGGCGUUGGUUUUAAUCGUAGGAUACUUUGUGACAGCGACAGGAAUGGUUACUUACGCAUUGAAUCAUUUUUUGUUUGAAGGAUACUGUCUCAUAACUGCAGCGGUGUGUGCUAACAAAUUGAGUAACGCGCGUAAGCAUCGCUGCAGUUAUGAGACUGUAUCUUUCAUUAAUCAGGAUUUAAUGCUUAUAUUUACAUUUUUUUAAUUUCUUGUCUUGUCUGUUAAUGUGAUUAAUACCUUAAAAUUCCUAUAUUAUCCUAAGGGAAGUUCAUAUUAAUAGAAUAGCCAUUGUAACAGCCACAAGCGUGAACUUUGAUUUUCGCUUUUGACGUUGCACUUUACAGCGGUGUGUGCAUACAAAUUGAGUAACGCGCGUUUUUUAACUUACGUUAUCCCAAGGUUAGUUCAAAGCGUGAACUUUGAUUUUCGCUUGUGACGUUGCAGUUUACAGCGUUCAACGUUUGUGACUUCAUAAUAAAUCUCGUCAUUUUAACCUUUGAGUACCCUGUGUGCAUUGCUAAAGCAUUGAAUGAUUUAUUUUUGGCGUCGUCUUGUAGAUAACUGCCGUCAGGCGAGCAGACAAAUUGAAUAACGCGCGUUUACGCGUUAUGAUUAUUUAAUCAUGUAAAUGCUUCCCUUUCUGAUGAAAUCAAUUAUUUACUUAAAUAAAUCGAUACAAAUUGCAGAUCACGGAGGGAGUAAUUAAGGGAAAGGUACAUUUAUGAAUUCUGUUGAAAAUAUAUAAAAGUAAGUCAAUUUCACUCAAAGUUUGUCAAAACUUUCUAGUACUACAAGAUAAUGUUAUAAUCAAUUUAUCAAACAUCAUAAAGUAAAUUGCCUUUAUCCCAUUUAUAAUAAGAUAAAAAAUUCAAUUAAUAAAUAUGCAAUCAUGUAACUAGCUAGCAUUGCAGUAAAAAAUACCCUGCGUAAAAGUGUUCUCUAAAUUUGUUCUGCAGUUCUAAAGAAAGAAUCUUUGUGUAUAUGGUUACAUCUCUCAUUAAUUUAUUUAAAAAAUUAUCCACACAAGGUGAGUUUAGGUACGUAGAUUUUUACCCUGUAGAUUAUCCAUACAAGUGAAAGUUACCAUCAUGGUAACUACAGCAACAGACGCAUGCCAAAAGUAAAGAUAAUUCCAAGAUGGCGGCUGUACCGAGACGUGAAGCGAAUGGGACUUUUUAUUCCACC